UCCAGGUGGCUGUUGUGGCUCCACAAAGAAACGCACCAUUGUCGGUGGCUGGGCCUGGGCAUGGUGGCUGGUAACAGAUGUCCAACGACUCUCCCUGAACGUGAUGACCCUAAAUCCCAUGUGUGAAAGUGUGGAGACCUCACAGGGUGUACCAUUGACGGUGACCGGAGUGGCCCAAUGUAAAAUUAUGAAGUCUAGCAAAUAUGGAAAAAUGGAUGAUGAGAUGAUGAAUGUCUAUUAUUUUCAUCAUCAGGCUGACGAACUUCUGGGCACCGCCAGUGAACAGUUCCUGGGCAAGAGUGUUAGCGAAAUUAAACAGACGAUCCUGCAGACGCUCGAAGGACAUUUGCGUGCAAUAUUGGGAACGCUUACAGUCGAAGAAGUCUACAAAGACCGCGAUCAAUUCGCUGCCUUGGUACGCGAAGUAGCCGCACCUGAUGUCGGUCGCAUGGGCAUCGAAAUUCUAUCUUUCGUCAUCAAAGAUGUCUACGACGAUGUCCAAUAUCUUGCCUCGCUGGGCAAGGCGCAAACGGCUAUGGUUAAACGUGACGCUGACGCCGGCGUAGCCGAGGCAAAUCGUGACGCCGGCAUUCGAGAGGCUGAAUGUGAAAAAAGUGCAAUGGAUGUGAAAUAUUCCACCGAUACAAAAAUCGAAGAUAAUGCACGUCUCUUCAAGUUGCAAAAGGCCAAUUUCGAUCAGGAAACAAAUACCGCCAAAGCGGAAUCUCAACUAGCCUAUGAACUGCAAGCCGCAAAGAUUCGCCAAAAGAUUCGUAAUGAAGAAAUCCAAAUUGAUGUGGUGGAGAGACGUAAACAAAUCGAAAUUGAGGUACAGGAGGUUCAACGCAAGGAACGUGAAUUGAUGAGUACCGUUAAAUUGCCAGCCGAGGCGGAGGCAUUUAGGGUCCAGACCAUAGCACAGGGUAAACAAUGUCAAACUAUUGAAAUGGCUCGUGCCGAGGCUGAGAAAAUUCGUAAAAUUGGUGCUGCCGAAGCUCAUGCCAUUGAGCUGGUGGGCAAGGCCGAAGCUGAACGUAUGCGCAUGAAGGCCCAUGUUUAUAAACAAUAUGGUGAUGCUGCUAUUAUGAAUAUUGUUUUGGAAUCUCUGCCCAAGAUCGCUGCCGAAGUAGCUGCUCCUCUGGCCAAAACAGAAGAGAUUGUCCUGAUUGGCGGCAACGAUAAUCUAACCAACGAUGUUACCCGCCUUGUGGCGCAAUUACCUCCCUCUAUCAAUGCUUUGACCGGUGUCGAUUUGUCCAAGGUCCUGUCGAAGAUACCGGGUGCCAAGGCGUGAGAUUUAGCACAUAUUUCCUCCCAUGGAUUCGAUGAUCUGGCAAUGGCUUGAGAAUUGAAUUGAAGACGCUGCACGAUAUUAAAAUGAACUUUCCUCC